AGGCUAGUUAAGUAACAUGUAUGAGGGCGAUGGGCCAUGGGACUCCUUAUAAUAUGAACUGGACUGGACUGCUUCAGAGUCUGCUGCUUGUGGUCCACAUCAAGCAGAUCACAUGUGGCUUUGUACAGUUUUCAGUCCCAGAGGAACUGGAACCUGGUACACUGGUUGGAUCACUGAGGGAACAUUUUUCUCCACCAUACCAGCUUCUGACCCAGGAAUAUCUGCGGAUGGACACAAACACUGGGAAUAUCUUCACUACUGAGCAAAAGAUGGACCGUGAGGGUCUCUGCCCUGGGGAAACAAACGAUGAGGAAUGCAUUAUUCUGCACAAUGCUAUUGUGGGGCCCUCAGAGGACCUUAUACAGUUUCUUGUGAUCAUAGAAGACAUCAAUGACAAUGCACCGCAUUUUAAAAAUAGUGAAAUUCACCUGAGGGUGCCUGAGGAUGUUGCUGUGGGGACUAGUUUCCCACUGGAUGACCAGGCACAGGACAGGGACACAGGCAUUAAUGGAGAAGUGCAGUACCACCUUGAGGGUGCUGGGGGAGUUUUCACUUUAAAAGUCGAGGAAGACAAACUUUUUAUCAUAAUUGUUGUACAAAAAGCUCUAGAUAGGGAGACUCAGGAUGUUUAUUUGAUGCAGCUGGUGGCCACUGAUUGUGGCGAACACCCUUUAAAUGCAUCAUCAUCUUUAAUAGUCACAGUGACAGAUGUCAAUGACAACUGCCCAAGUUUUAGCUCUGACAGCCCAGGUAGUGUCACCAUCCAAGGAGAUUCCCCAAAGAACAUGGUGGUCACUCAGGUCAUAGCCACAGACCCGGAUACAGGCCCAAAUGCUGCCAUCAUUUACUCCCUCAGUCCCAAAGUUUCUCAGAGAGCCAAGAAACUCUUUAGCCUCAACAGCCACACUGGGCACAUUCAACUUGCACAAGACCUCCACAGUGAUAAGUCUGAGGAGUUGGUGUUGAAAGUGUUAGCAACCGGUCCUCACUGCCCCCCAGCAGUAACUCAGGUAACCAUAUCCGUGCUCCCCAAGGUGACCCAAGAGCUCACGAUCAAGAUCAGUUUCAUAGCUGAGCAUCAAAACCAGACUGUGGUGUUACCAGAGAACCAGCCCCCCACUGUCUUAGCUGUUUUAGAGCUUGAGGGUGACAGCAGCUUUAAAGGCUCAUCUCUCGCCAUCGAGGGUGAUGUGCCUUUCUCUUUGAGCCCACAGAAUGGCAAAUAUCUGCUUUCCACAUCAAAGUCUCUCGACUAUGAGAUGAAACGAGAGCAUAUCAUUUCUGUGGUAGUGCACAGUAGAUCAGCUGAAGGAUCUGUAAUUUUAUCAUUGAGGCAAAAGAUCAAGGUACUGGUGGCAGAUGUCAAUGAUAAUGCCCCACAUUUCUCCCAGUCUCAAUACCAGCAGGAAGUAGAAGAAAACAACCAGCCAGGAAUGUCCCUUAUGCAAGUGUCAGCUUCUGAUGCAGACAGUGGCUACAAUGGCAGAGUGACCUACAAGCUGCACAAAUACACGUCUGCCAUCUUUAACAUGGACUCUGUGACAGGUCAACUUUCUGUGUUGGCUCCACUGGAUAGGGAACAGCAGGGUGUGUACAACAUUACUGUGUUUGCUCGAGACUGUGGCUCUCCUCCACUGGAGUCCCACGCCACUAUUAUUAUUCGUGUUCUGGACCAGAAUGAUAAUGCACCUGUUUUUGUAACCCCUCACUUCAUCUUUUUCAUCCCUGAGAAUGCACCACCACUUGCCCAGGUGGGAAAGAUAGAGGUGAAAGACCCAGAUGAAGGAGCGAAUGGGAACAUAGGAUUACAGGUUAUAAACAGCAGUGCAACUUUUGUUGUGGAUAACAGACAGGGAACACUACGCACCACCACCAACUUGGACCGUGAGACAGAGGACCGCCAUGAACUCUAUAUAUUAGCCAGCGAUAAUGGCCAUCCAGUCGCUUUGACUUCCAUAGCCAGAGUGACUGUGUUUGUGGAGGACAUCAAUGACAACCAGCCAAAAGUGAUCCUUCCAAGCAGUAACUCCUCGUGCCUCACUGUCUCUCCAGGUACUCUGGCAGGUACUAUGGUAACAAAGAUCUAUGCUAUCGAUAAGGACUCUGGGGUGAAUUCAGAGAUCACAUACUCUGUUGUGGCAAAAGAGCCACCACAAGAAAGCAGCCCUUUCCAAGUAGACCCCAGAUCAGGAAACAUCACUCUAAGUCAGCAGCUUCUCCAUGAAGACCUGGGAAUGCACCACCUGUUUAUUGUAGUAAGAGACAGCGGAAAACCAACACCACUUUACACCACCAUCUGGAUAAAUCUGUUAGUCAACGAAAGCAUGGAGCACUGUUACUUGGACAAGGUGCCUGAAUGGACAUGGUCAUCUGACUUGAUUCAAAGCCCAUCAAAGGCUUCCAUCUGUGAACGAGAUACCUCUAUAUGGGUGAUACUUUUUAUUAGCCUGGGCAUGUUCCUGGCAUCCAUGGUUUUUUUUAUAACAGCUUGUUUCUGUCUGAAAAACAGAAGUCUACAAAAGAACAGGAGGACAAACAUGGUGGAGAAUGAGAUUCCUCUCAGACUCAAAGACAAAUAUUAUUCUGAUGAAUAGAGCAAUCAAAAGUCAUCUCUCUCCCAAUUCCAAGGAUGAAAACAGUGAGAAAAUUAGACAUUUUUGUCUAAGGCUUUUGCAUGUUGGUCAUUGCAUGAAGCUGAUAAAAACACAAGAUUGGAUGUUUGUCAGCAGCUAAACUGAGAAAUUCUGUGGAAAAAGACAGUUUUCAGAUAAGAAUCUUCUCAGAGCCACCACAAUAGGAUAUAAAAGGUUAUUUGAUAAGAGAAGUAUUUCCAGUUAGAUUUUUUUCCUUGUGUGUUUUACAGAGCCUCUAACAAUAUAGAUAUAAUUUGUCACAAGUGAUGUAUGCACUUUAGCCACUGAAAAAUAUGACAUAUCACUGCAAGUCAGUGGUUAGAUACCAGCAUUGCCUGUAACCACUUUGAGGAUUAUUGCCCAUGACCCCUGCAAGCAGGAAAAUUGAAGUAAUCAUUUGCUAAGUUGAUUGGGUCUUUCUCAGGUGUCUGACUCUGAGUGAUGGGGAUUCUGUGGUUUUAAGGCACACAAAGGGGGUUAAUGUUCCUUCAGUGGGGAGUGUUGAAAGUAUACAAAGAAGAAGCCAUGAGAUAAGUUCAGGGAGAAGAGAGUGACUGCAGACAGGUGAAUGGUAGCAGAGGGAAGGCACACCAACAUCUCAAGUCUCCACCUCACACACGUUACCUGAUAACACAGCUUCUAACACACCACACUGGAUCGCACCCAAAAGACACAAACGCUGACAUUAAAUGUCUCAACAGCCUUUUUAUUAAUCACACUGAGAUUAAAGAAGUCUUUACAAUAGGAUGUUGCUAUCAUGUUGAAAUAACGCAUUUAGGGAACAAGUGAGAUCUAAAGCAGGUUAAGUGAUGUAUUAAAUAUGAAUGAGUCAGUGUGCAAGGUAUUUUUCAGGUCUGGAAAUGUGCAAAGUGGGAGGUCUAAUUGUUUUGAUGUUUUAAAACUAAAACUUAUCUUUUCAUUUUUGCAGUAUUGUGAUCAACUUAGCGAUCUUUUCGGUAUGCCUGUGUGUGGAGGGAAAGAAGGAAGUAGUGAAACGCAAGGAGAAAAGGGGAAAAAAAGAAGAGCCUGUAAAACACAAUGUACAACAACGUGGUUAGUGGAGAACAUGGCUUGUAUAACAUGAGUGGUGUCUCUGAGGAUUUCUGAGCUAGCAGCUGAAAAAUAAAUAAUCUAAUAGGAGGUGCACUGUGAGACGAACUAUGUUAACUGAGAACAAAUUAAGAGCUCCAUAACCAAAUUGUAAAUUAAAGUAGUUUCUUUACAAGCACAAUCACAGACUCUGUUGGACUAACACAAAUUUAUAUCAAAGCAGGCCUGUUGUAUUUUUCAAUCAGGAUGUUCCUGAGCUAUCUGACAAUCAUGUUUAGAAAGUGUUUACUUUUUUUUUUACAUAGAAUCAUAUCACCUGUAUAUAUGAUUUUUAAAGAAAAUUACUUUUACACAUAAUUUCUGUUGUGAUAGUGCACUGAUGUUUAAAUGAAUGCUGUAACAGGGGAAAGUGUGCCAUCUACUGGGCACACAUGAAACCUAAUUUGGCUGCUCUUUCAGAUAUUUGGCCAGAGGGUGAGGAUGAAUCAGAGGACAGUCUCUCACUCUGCCACUGUCAGGUCGCCUGAAAUCAGGGAUGUGUUCAUGCUGCAUGCUGCCCUGCUUCGCUCACAGCACAUCUCUUUGUACUCAAGCUGAACAUUUAAUUGAAGGUUAAGGACUGGAUUUGACUCAAGUAUGGUGGAUUGUAUGUGAAUGCAUGCUGGGGACUUUUGGAUCACGUAGCUUUCUUUUUUUUAAAAAAAACAACAACAACAACAAUAAUAAUAAUAAUAAUAAUAAUAAUAAUAAUAAUUUAGUUAAUUAAAAAUAAACUGUUUUGAUGCUUAAAAGUUCGCUUCCCUUUGCUCCUUAGCCAUGAUAGUGUGACUUUUAGUUAUGCACAUUAAAGGUUUUUGGGUGCCCAGUUUAAAUAUAACUUUAACAAAGCAUGGCAAGGUAGGAAACCAUUUAAGACAGCGGCGAUAAAGCACAUAUCAGUUUUACCAGAACAGAUUUCAGACCUUUCUUGUUCAGCCUUGUAUCUGCAGUCAGAUAAGAUCUGACAAUUUCCUAAGUCUGAAGAGCAUCAGCAGACUGUCCACUGGCCAGUUUUAGGCUAUUUCAUGUCCCUUUACUUACAAUAAAGGUCUGCACAUGGGACAUAUGGCUGUCACUCAUUUUCAUUUAUUCUAAUUACUUUUAUUUUGUUUUGCAAAUAUGAAUGUACAUGGAUCCUUCUUUUUUUAUUCAAAUUUAAGUUACCUUUCUUUAAGCUGUAUGCUGUUGUAGCUAUGCUUCUUUAGCUCAAUAAAACAUAUUUUGCACAUGA